AUGGACGGUUCUACUCCUCGUUCCCACCCCCUUUCGCCUAAUGCAAAUCCUGGACUGGCACACUCAAUUUCUCCAUCAGGCCCGAGGAUCCAAAGCCAGUACGCUGUCACGUAUUCUGACCGUAGCAAGUAUGGCAUCCCAGGGUUAAUUUUGUUGGCGAGCAACCAUUCAAUCUCGCAGACGCCAUCACAUCUUCGCAAGCGAGUCCUUGCUAUUGGCUCUACAAUCAAUGGAAAACCCCAGAACGAUUCAUAUUGGAUUAAUCUUUUUGAAAAGCACCUUCAUGGUCAUAUUUUGUGCUUUUUGGAGAGAAAUAUUCCUGUUGUGCGCGUGUAUCUCAACUCCGUACGGAUUGGAUACGAGCAAGCCUUUCGAAUUGUUGUUCAAAUAUCGCUGGUGCUCGAUGUAAGACCCCAUCGCCAGAAAUAAACCGAUGUACCAACUAAUUGAAAUAGCCGAAGCUGCCCAUAUCCUUUUCCCAGUAUGAAGAAUGUGCCCUGCUGCUUGCUUCGUAUACAGACGGCGAGUUGUCAACCAAUUGGAAUGGUGAGAAGUUAGUUUGUCCAAUUUCAAGCGAGAAAGUCUAUGAAGUUAGCUAACAAAUAACAGGAUCCACGUCGAGAUAUCUGGAAGACCGUAUCCGGAGCCAGAAAUCGACACAAAUCCGUCUCCGAAUGAUUCUUCAGGCUAUAAUCCGGAAUUCUAUAAAUACCAGGCACCACUACCCUAUACAUCAAUAGAGGUGACCGGUGGUACAGAGGGGACCUUGGGCUGCUACAUAAAACAUAUUGAGAAUGGGAGAAUUAGGAUUUUCGCCCUCACAUGCAGCCAUAUUGUGGACCGCGAUACCAUAUUUCCAUACAGAUACUACCCCAGUAUCAAUAUUCUCGGGGUGCAGAGCCCAUCCGUGUCUGAAGUAUCUGAUACUCAGAGCGAAGUAUCGCGGAUUUUGGGCCCUCCCUAUGACGAGUCUUUCUUGGAUGAUUACCAGGAGACGUUCAAUCCGUUUUUUGGGCACAUUUUCGCGACCCCUGGUCUUCAAGGCCAUGAUUGGAGAUUGGCAGGUUCGGAGGGAGCGAGCGAUUGGGCUUUGAUUGAGGUUUCGGAGAGUGUUUCUGCUGCAUUUGGGAAUAGGGUAAGUCUUCUCUCUCUUUUCAUUUUCAUAUUUCUAUCCAACAUUGUCAUUCAUAAAUAUGCAUUAGAGUCGCUUUUUCUAUGUUAUUGUUUCUUUUUGUCUUUUUCGUAAUACCGUUUUAUAUUCUGUUUUGUAUAUUUCUACAUUUUGAGUUCUAUAUUUUCAUUUACUAGUACCUUCUUGCCUAUAUUUUCAUUUUCAUGUUCCACUUAAGCGAAAUUCAGCGAGACUUUUUACAUAUCCGGAAAGAGACCAUUGGACUGUAUUAUCUUAGUGUAUUCGAGAUAACGAUAUUUUUCGGUUAA